AUGUGGAGCUUUUCCCCGUCUAAUUCCUUUACCAAAACCUCCAGUCUCUCAUCUUCGCUAGUAUCCAUCACACCCGUCAUCUUGGUACCACAACUCCCGCUCUCCUAUACACCCACAUCCUCAACGGCAAUGCCCGCACCACACAGCAGUGCCUCCGAGACGUCCUCUGUGGUGUACAUCUCACCGACGGGCGCACCGGGCUACCAUGGGGAGGGAUACGAUUGGGAUAUAGGGUUCUCCAAGGAACUCGAGAGGGUGUUGGGGAAUAAGGAGCAUCGAUAUGAGAAGGCUCUAUGGGUGGAGCUAAGAGGGAGGAGAGAGUGUACGGCGGGCAUGCUGAAUGCUGUGCUAGCGAAUAUGAUUCAACCGCGUCUGCCUGCGCUGUCGCAUCUCGCACGCAUAUGGACCCUCCUCUACUCCCUAGAUCAACACGGUAUAUCACUCAACGCCCUCUACUCCCUCUCCGAGCAACCCAAACCUGCCGGCGCACUCGUCGUCAUCAAAGACGAUGGUGACACUAUCUUCAGUGCGUUUCUAGGCGAUGGAAUACGGCAGAGCAGAGGGAGAGGGUAUUAUGGCAGCGGUGAAUCGUACUCCAACUGCAAGCUCUCAGUGUACAAACCCACUGGCCGCAAUUCCUACAUCGCCCUCUGCGAACCCGAUUACCUCAGUUUCGGUGGCGGGGACGACGGGGUGUAUGGUUUGUACGUCGAUAAAUCUUGUUGGAGGGCUCCUCCGCGAGGAUUGUCCUACGCACAAACACUCGAAGUUCAUUAUUUUCAUCCAAGUAGGACUACAAGCGCAAGAGGUGCAGUGGUCCCUUCCCCCUGCCUAUGGAAGUUCGACCCCUUCCUUGUGCUCAUCUGCCAAUGGUCCAUGCAUUUCAUAUAUCUUUUUGUUUAUGCUUAUGCUUGGGACGGUGGUAUAUAUUAUUGGAACUGGUCGUCAUGCAUUUUUACGGGUACUUCCUACGGUGUUUUGUUUUCUCACCCAGGAUAA